AUGUCACCCAUCAUGACAGUCGAUCAAGUGACAAUGCACGCUCAUGCCUUCCAAAACCGAAACCUAAAGGUUCAUAGACUCGAGCUGAAACUCAAAAAGCAUCUCAACAUCCAAACGACCAAUAAGAUCAUCCGUGAAACACUCAAUCAUCAACCAUGGCGCGCAUGGACUAUCCAAAUACAUUGCUGUGAACAUCAUCAUCUUUCAACAACGUCGUCAUCGUCAUGCUUGGAUGCCUAUGUUGAUCACGUCGAAUACAUCCUACAUGAAUCAUUUCAGCCAUCACGUAUUGUUGUUACGCAAGCACCUUAUCUUUUAAAGCAAGAAGGUUGGGGCGAAUUCGAGCUUGGUAUUGUGUUCCACCUGAAGGAUGGUACGGUGCAAUCAACACGAUUUGAUCUCCAUUUCCAACGACGAAAGUACACACGUACGCGCACUUUGAUAGUAGAAGCACCUGAUGAAGAUGUCUGGUCCUAUGGUACUUCCCCUGGCAAAAAGCUAUCCACGAGCAAAAGACGAGUUUCAGUAGAGGAUAUCAAGGGCAUCGAUUUGGACGAGCUGACUACUUGCUUGGAAUCGCUCGAUGGUGACGAUUUGCGCCAAGUAUACGACAUAUUUUCAAAGUUUGAUACACGUGAUAUGAGCAUAAUGGAAUGGAAAGAUGAGAUCUGGUUUGAUAUCUUUGGCUUGGAGCACAAUCUCGUAUGGCAACUAUGGGACUUUUGUCAGAUGCUAAAAAUGCGGGAUGAUGAAUCAAAAUCAGGCACAACGGCUGUGUUAUUGCAUGACAAUGAAGACCAACAAGCAAAUCCAUCCACAACAACAACACCAGCAGCCUUGGCUCCUCAUUUACGUACAUAG